GCGGAUGAAGCUCUAUAUCAAACCUGUCCACUUUGACCUUGUCCACUCAUCUGGCCUUUUUAGUAAUAGUACAGCAGCACACAAUGUCCGACAUGUUCAGAAAAUCAGUGCUGAAUAAGCUACCCCAUCUUCCGCCCACUCGAGCGCCAUGGGCCGACGAAUCGGAACCAAUCGAAGAGAUUGACGAGGAAGACGAACAACUCGACGGGAUUGGAGAGUUCAAACCUGCAACCAUGGGGCCUAGCAAGCACGAUACCCAAGACUACUCUCCUCUCUCCGCAUCGACCUUCUUCGCCCAAGCCGCCGAAGUGCAACCACCUUCCACACCUUGCACUUUUCGAGUCUACCUCACACCCCCUAAUUUAUCGAUCGCAUCUGCCAAUGCUGGAACGCCCCCAGGUCCUUCGGGGUUGAGGACACAGCAGCAAACGAAUAGACAUGGAACAUAUCUGGUCUGUCAUCAUGGAGGAGGGGCGAGCGGACUGGGUUUCGCACCCCUCGCGAGAGAGGUGAAGGCGAAAGGUAAUGGAGAGAUGGGUGUAUUGGCGUUUGAUUGUCGGGGACAUGGCAAGACAUCUACAAGUGACCCAAACCUGGAGCUUGAUUUAUCUCAUGACACCCUUUUAUCCGACUUUAUGGCUAUUAUUGAAAUGAUGUUCCCUGAUCCAAAAGAAUCACCUUCUCUUAUCUUGUUAGGCCAUUCAAUGGGCGCUGCACCAGUAGUCAGCGCUGCUCCAGAAUUGCAGAAGAAAGGAUACACCAUUCCUGGUGUUGUCGUUCUCGAUGUCGUAGAAGGUACGGCAGUUGAAUCUCUCCCACUAAUGAAGUCAGUCCUCUCCAAACGCCCAGAAUCUUUCCGUUCAGUGAUAGAUGCUAUCUAUUGGCACGUAACUUCCAACUCUAUCCGCAACGUCGAAUCAGCCCGCGUCUCCGUCCCACACAUCAUCGUCCCCGCCCCCUCUUCCUCUUCAUCUGACCCUAGCGCAAAUCCUGGAGGCAAACAAGUCUGGCGUACCAAUCUCGUGGGGACAGAGCCAUACUGGGAAGGAUGGUACAAAGGUCUCAGUCAAAGAUUUUUAAGAACCAAGUGCGCGAGGUUGCUAGUUCUCGCGGGUCAGGAGAGAUUGGAUCGCGAACUGAUGGUUGGGCAGAUGCAAGGAAAAUUCCAGUUGGAGGUCAUGUCGGAUGUAGGGCAUUAUUUGCACGAGGAUAACCCGGCAGGGCUGGCAGCUACCCUCAUAACAUUCUGGCAUCGCAACACUCGCGUGCUCGUCUUACCGCCAAAGAUUGGCGCACCCGGACCAGGCGCUAGAGGUGGACCUGUGGAGGUGAAGCAAGUUGGUCAACAGUGAUUGUGACUGCUACUUGUACCAAGUUGGAUAGGUCUUGGAUAUAGGUAGAUAAUAAUGCAUGUUUACAACAA